CCUUUAGGUCAGAAUAUGAAACGCGAGUCUGGAAGGAAGGUCCAGACUGGAAAUAUCAAUGCUGCUAAGACCAUUGCUGACAUCAUCCGAACAUGUUUGGGACCAAGAGCUAUGAUGAAGAUGCUUCUGGACCCAAUGGGUGGAAUUGUGAUGACCAAUGAUGGCAAUGCUAUUCUUCGCGAAAUUCAGGUCCAGCAUCCAGCAGCCAAAUCCAUGAUCGAGAUCAGCCGUACUCAAGAUGAAGAGGUUGGAGACGGGACCACAUCUGUAAUCAUCCUUGCUGGAGAGAUGCUGGCUGUCGCUGAGCACUUCCUAGUACAGCAGAUGCACCCGACUGUGAUCAUCAGUGCUUAUCGCAAGGCGUUGGAUGAUAUGAUCAGUAUUCUCAAAAAAAUAGGCACUCCAGUUGAUGUGAACAACAGAGAGAUGAUGCUGAAGAUCAUUAACAGUGCUGUAAACACCAAGGCGAUAAGCCGUUGGUCUGACCUGGCCUGCAGCAUUGCUCUAGAGGCUGUCAAGACUGUGGAGCUUGAGGAGAACGGCCGGAAGGAAAUUGAUAUCAAGAAAUAUGCUAAAGUAGAAAAGAUUCCAGGGGGCUUCAUUGAGGACUCUUGUGUCUUGCGUGGAAUCAUGAUAAACAAAGACGUCACUCACCCACGCAUGCGUCGCUAUAUCAAGAACCCCCGCAUCGUUCUCCUGGACUGUUCACUGGAGUACAAGAAAGGAGAGAGCCAGACUGACAUUGAGAUUACCCGAGAGGAAGACUUUGCCCGCAUCCUCCAGAUGGAGGAGGAGUACAUCCAGCAGAUCUGUGAGGACUUGAUCAGAGUCAAACCAGAUAUCAUCAUCACCGAGAAGGGAAUCUCUGACUUGGCCCAGCACUUUCUGAUGAGAGCCAACAUCACAGCCAUCCGUAGGGUCAGGAAGACGGACAACAACCGAAUCGCCAGGGCCUGUGGUGCCCGCAUUGUGAGCCGCACAGAUGAGCUGCGUGAUGAGGACGUGGGUACGGGGGCCAGGCUCUUUGAAGUGAAAAAAAUAGGAGAUGAGUACUUUGCCUUCAUCACGGACUGCAAAGACCCCAAGGCCUGCACCAUCAUGUUGCGGGGAGCCAGCAAGGAGAUCCUGGCUGAAGUAGAACGCAACCUCCAGGAUGCCAUGCAAGUGUGCCGCAAUGUCCUGAUUGACCCCCAGCUGGUGCCAGGAGGGGGUGCCACGGAGAUGGCCGUGUCUUACGCUUUGACUGAGAAGUCCAAGGGCAUGACAGGAGUGGAGCAGUGGCCCUACCGUGCGGUGGCCCAGGCCCUUGAAGUCAUUCCCAGGACGCUGAUCCAGAACUGCGGAGCCAGCACCAUCCGCAUCCUGACUUCACUCAGAGCAAAACACACUCAGGAAGGCAGUCAGACUUGGGGUGUGAACGGCGAGACUGGAGCCUUAGUGGACAUGAAAGACCUGGGCAUCUGUGAGCCUUUGGCUGUCAAGUUACAGACCUACAAAACGGCUGUAGAGACCGCCAUCCUUCUCCUCCGUAUUGACGACAUUGUUUCGGGGCACAAGAAGAAGGGGGCUGAGCAAAGCAAGCAGACGGCGGCUCCAGAGGCAGCUCAGGACUAGGAGGGAUCCAGCCACCCUGGGGAAAAGCUACGCACCUCGGACUAAACCCAGUGUCGGCCUAGCAGCGCGGCUUUUCCUUGAGCUGGGCCCGAGCCCCAGUAUUAGUUUGUCUGAAGUCUGGGGGGGAAGUGCCAGUGUCAUGUACGACCCCCUGUCCCUGUUGGAGACACUGAUGCUUAUUUAAGUCCGUGCUGUAACAUCUCCGUUGCUGUUUGCUUCAACAAUAAAACCCAUCACUUCA